UCUGCGAAGCUGCGGCGGGUCGGCUCCACUUCUGCCCCCUGCGCGGCCAGGCUCACCGGCAGCCUUCCGCCGUCCUCGGCUGCGCCAUGGCCAGCCUGUGGCUGUGCUGCCCGGCCCCGCUGCAGCCGCUGCUGUUGCUCUUGGUGGUGGCCGCAAGCACCCUGCCCAGCGCCGGCGGGACGUGCCCGGAGCGCGCCCUGGAGCGGCGGGAGGAGGAGGCGAAUGUGGUGCUUACCGGCACGGUGGAGGAGAUCCUCAACGUGGACCCGGUGCAGCACACGUACUCGUGCAAGGUUCGAGUGUGGCGGUACUUGAAAGGCAAAGACGUGGUGGCCCAGGAGAGCCUGCUGGAUGGUGGCAACAAAGUGGUGAUUGGUGGCUUCGGAGACCCCCUCAUCUGUGACAACCAGGUGUCCACUGGAGAUACUAGGAUCUUUUUUGUGAACCCAGCACCACCCUACUUAUGGCCUGCCCACAAGAAUGAGCUGAUGCUCAACUCCAGCCUCAUGCGGAUCACUUUGCGGAACCUGGAAGAGGUGGAGUUCUGUGUAGAAGACAAACCUGGGACCCACUUCACUCCAGCACCUCCUAUGCCUCCUGAUGUAUGCAGGGGAAUGUUGUGUGGCUUUGGCGCUGUGUGUGAACCCAGUAUUGAGAAUCCAGGCCAGGCCUCCUGUGUGUGUAAGAAGAAUGCCUGCCCUGCUGUGGUGGCCCCUGUGUGUGGCUCUGAUGCUUCCACCUAUAGCAAUGAGUGCGAGCUACAGCGAGCUCAAUGCAGCCAGCAGCGACGCAUCCGCCUCCUUCGCCAGGGACCAUGCGGGAUCCGGGACCCCUGUGCCAAUGUUACUUGCAGUUUUGGCAGCACCUGUGCACGCUCAGCCGAUGGACAGACUGCCUCAUGCGUUUGUCCUGCAACCUGUCUUGGGGCCCCUAAGGGCAUUGUGUGUGGCAGUGAUGGUAUUGACUACCCUGGCGAGUGCCAGCUGCUACGUCAUGCUUGUGCCCGCCAGGAGCACAUCUUUAAGAAGUUCAAUGGCCCUUGUGACCCCUGCCAGGGCAACCUCUCUGACCUGAACCGAAUCUGCCGUGUGAAUCCACGCACAAGGCACCCAGAGAUGCUCCUACGGCCAGAGAACUGCCCCGCCCGGCACAUGCCUAUCUGUGGAGAUGAUGGGGUCACUUAUGAAAAUGACUGUGUCAUGGGCCGUACUGGGGCUGCUCGUGGCCUGCUCCUCCAGAAAGUUCGUUCUGGCCAGUGCCAGACUCAAGACCAGUGCCUGGAGACCUGCCAGUUCAACUCUGUGUGUCUAUCCCGCCAUGGCCGUCCUCGCUGCUCCUGCAAUCGUGUCACCUGUGAUGGGGCCUACAGACCUGUAUGUGCCCAAGAUGGGCACACGUAUGACAAUGAUUGUUGGCGCCAGCAUGCUGAGUGUCGGCAACAGCAUGCCAUUCCACCCAAGCACCAGGGUCCAUGUGACCAGGCCCCAUCCCCGUGCCGAGGAGUGCAGUGUGCAUUUGGGGCAACGUGUACAGUGAAGAAUGGGGAAGCUGUUUGUGAGUGCCAGCAGGUGUGCUCAGGUGUCUACGAUCCUGUGUGCGGCAGUGACAACAUCACGUACGGCAGUGUGUGCGAGCUGGAGUCUAUGGCCUGUGCCCUUGGGCAUGAAAUCCGGGUGGCCCACAGAGGACCCUGUGACCGAUGUGGACAGUGCCGUUUUGGAGCCCUAUGUGAGGUAGAAACUGGACGCUGCGUGUGCCCCUCUGAAUGUGUAGCCUCAGCUCAGCCUGUGUGUGGUUCUGAUGGACACACAUAUGACAGUGAAUGUGAGCUGCAUGUCCACGCCUGCACACACCAGAUCAGUCUACAUGUGGUCUCAGCUGGACAUUGCCAGACCUGUGGAGACGCAGUGUGCACCUUUGGGGCUGUGUGCUCAGCUGGACAGUGUGUGUGUCCCAGGUGUGAGCACCCUCCACCUGGCCCUGUGUGUGGCAGUGAUGGUGUCACCUAUCUCAGUGCCUGUGAGCUACGAGAAGCUGCCUGUCAGCAGCAGAUGCAAAUUGAGGAGGCCAGGGCAGGGCCAUGUGAGCAGGCUGAGUGUGGCUCUGGAGGCUCUGGUUCUGGGGAAGACAAUGAGUGUGAACAAGAGAUGUGUCGACAGCAUGGUGGUAUCUGGGAUGAAGACUCAGAGGAUGGGCCAUGUGUCUGUGACUUCAGUUGCCAGAGUGUCCUGAGGAGCCCGGUGUGCGGCUCAGAUGGGGUCACUUAUGGCACUGAGUGUGACCUGAAGAAGGCCAGGUGUGAAUCACAGCAAGAACUAUAUGUUGUGGCUCAGGGAGCCUGCCGUGGCCCUACUUUGGCUCCAUUGCUGCCUGUAGCCCUCCCACACUGUACCCAAACACCCUAUGGCUGCUGCCAGGACAAUGUCACUGCUGCCCAGGGUGUGGGCCUGGCUGGUUGUCCCAGCACCUGCCAGUGCAACCAACACGGCUCCUACAGUGGCACCUGUGACCCAGCCACAGGCCAGUGCUCCUGCCGACCAGGUGUGGGAGGCCUCAGGUGUGAUCGCUGUGAGCCUGGCUUCUGGAACUUCCGUGGCAUUGUCACUGAUGGCCGCAGCGGUUGCACUCCCUGCAGCUGUGACCCUCGGGGUGCUGUGAGGGACGACUGUGAGCAAAUGACUGGACUGUGUUCCUGUAGGCCUGGUGUGGCUGGUUCCAAGUGUGGGCACUGUCCAGAUGGUCAAGCCCUGGGUCCUGCUGGCUGUGAAGCAGACUCUUUGGCACAUGUGACUUGUGUGGAGGUGCACUGUGAGUUCGGUGCAUCCUGUGUAGAGGAGGCUGGUUCUGCCCACUGUGUCUGCCCAGCUCUCACAUGUCCAGAGGCCAACUCUACCAAGGUCUGUGGAUCAGAUGGUGUCACAUAUGGCAAUGAAUGUCAGCUGAAGACUAUUGCCUGCCGCCAGGGCCUGGACAUCUCUAUUCAGAGUCUUGGCCCAUGCCCGGAGACUGUUGUUCCUGGAACUUCCCCAACAUCUGCAUCUAUGACUAUCCCAGGGCUUGUCCUGAGCAAGACACUGCCAUCCCCCUCAAGUGCCCCGCCCCUGGCUCCCAGCAGCACCACUCAUGGCUGGCCUACUCCACCACCCACAUCACAACCUCAGACCACAGCCAGCAUCUCCAGGAGUACUGCAUGGCCUGUGCUGACCGUACCCCCGACAGUACCCUCUGCUGUAACCAGUCUUGCCACAUCAAUCUUCAGCGAAUCUGGAAGCACCUAUGGGAGUGGCGAUGAGGAGCUGAGCGGGGACCAGGAGGCCAGUGGGGGCGGGUCUGGGGGACUCGAGCCCCCUGUGGGCAGCAGUGUGGUGACCCAUGGGCCACCCAUUGAGAGGGCUUCCUGCUACAACUCACCCUUGGGCUGCUGCUCGGAUGGCAAGACACCCUCACUGGACUCAGAAGGCUCCAACUGUCCUGCUACCAAGGCAUUCCAGGGUGUGUUGGAGCUUGAGGGCGUUGAGGGUCAGGAGCUGUUCUACACACCAGAGAUGGCUGAUCCCAAAUCAGAGCUGUUUGGGGAGACUGCAAGAAGCAUUGAAAGCACGCUGGAUGACCUGUUCCGGAACUCAGAUGUCAAGAAAGACUUCCGGAGUGUCCACCUACGGGAUCUGGGACCUGGCAGAUCAGUCCGAGCCAUUGUGGAUGUUCAUUUCGAUCCUACCACAGCCUUCCAGGCACUCGAUGUGGGCCGGGCCCUGCUCCGGCAAAUCCAGGUAUCCAGGCGCCGGGCCUUGGCAGUGAGGAGGCCUCUUCAGGAGCAUGUGCGGUUCAUGGACUUUGACUGGUUUCCAGCUUUCUUUACGGGAGCUGCAACAGGAGCCACGGCUGUUGUGGCCACUGCCAGAGCCACUACUAUGAGCCGACUGCCCUUCUCUACUGUGACCCCACGAGUCUACCUCAGUCACACCAGCCGGCCCACUGGUAGAACCACAGCACCUCCCACCACACGCCAUCCACCCACCACUGCCCUCAGCCGUGACCAGUCUCGGACCUCAGGCCCUCAACAACUCCCAAAGUCCUGUGAUUCCCAGCCCUGCCUCUAUGGGGGCACCUGCCAGGACCAGGAUUCUGGCAAGGGUUUUACCUGUAGGUGUACUGCAAGCAGAGAGGGCACCAUCUGUGAGAAAGUUCUACGUCCCUCUGUGCCGUCUUUUGAGGGCCACUCUUUCUUGGCCUUUCCCACUCUCCGGGCAUACCACACGCUGCGCCUGGCACUGGAAUUCCGGACACUGGAGCUUCAGGGACUGCUGCUCUAUAAUGGCAAUGCACGUGGCAAGGAUUUCCUGUCUCUGGCUCUGCUGGAUGGGCAUGUGCAGUUCAGGUUUGAUACAGGCUCAGGGCCAGCAGUGCUAACCAGCUCAGUGCCAGUGGAACCUGGACGCUGGCACCACCUAGAAUUGUCACGACAUUGGCGCCAGGGCACACUCUCUGUGGAUGGUGAGACCCCUGUUGUGGGUGAAAGCCCCAGCGGCACUGAUGGCCUCAACUUGGACACAGACCUGUUUGUGGGUGGCGUCCCAGAGGAACAGGCUGCCAUGGUACUUGAUCGAACCUCUGUGGGCAUCGGCCUAAAGGGAUGCAUUCGUCUGUUGGACAUCAACAAUCAGCAGCUGGAGCUCAGCGGCUGGCAGGGGGCUACAGCCCAAAGCUUUGGCGUGGGAGAGUGUGGAGACCAUCCCUGCCUGCCAAACCCCUGCCAUGGUGGGGCCCUGUGCCAGGCACUGGAAGCUGGCAUGUUCCACUGUCAGUGCCCACCUGGCCGUUUUGGCCUGACCUGUGCAGAUGAGAAGAGCCCUUGCCAGCCAAACCCCUGCCAUGGGACAGCCCCCUGCCGAGUGCUUCCCACAGGUGGGGUCAAAUGCGAGUGCCCCCUGGGACGCAGGGGUGCCUUCUGCCAGACAGUUUUGGAGACAGACACUGGCUCCCAGCCCUUCCUAGCUGACUUCAGUGGCUUCUCCUACCUGGAGCUGAAAGGCUUGCACACCUUCGAUCGAGACCUGGGGGAGAAGAUGGCACUGGAGAUGGUGUUCUUGGCCCGUGAGCCCAAUGGCUUACUUCUCUACAACGGGCAAAAGACAGAUGGCAAGGGAGACUUUGUGUCCCUGGCCCUGCAUAACCAACACCUGGAGUUCCGCUAUGACCUUGGCAAGGGAGCUGCAGUCAUCAGGAGCAAGGAGCCCAUAGCCCUGGGCACCUGGAUCAGGGUUUCCCUGGAGCGAAAUGGCCGCAAGGGUGCCCUUCGUGUGGGUGAUGGGCCUCGUGUGCUGGGGGAGUCUCCGAAAUCCCGCAAGGUGCCGCACACCAUGCUUAAUCUUAAGGAGCCCCUCUAUGUGGGAGGAGCCCCUGACUUCAGCAAGCUGGCCCGGGCAGCCGCAGUGUCCUCUGGCUUCGAUGGUGCCAUCCAGUUGGUGUCUCUAAAAGGCCACCAACUACUGACUCAGGAGCAUGUGUUGCAGGCAGUAGAUGUCUCAUCUUUUGCAGACCACCCUUGUACCCAGGCCUUGGGAAACCCCUGCCUUAAUGGGGGCUCUUGUCUCCCAAGGGAAGCCACUUAUGAAUGCCUAUGUCCAGGGGGAUUCUCUGGGCUGCACUGCGAGAAGGGGCUGGUUGAGAAGUCAGUGGGUGACCUAGAAACCCUGGCCUUUGAUGGGAAGACAUAUGUUGAAUACCUCAAUGCUGUGAUCGAGAGCGAGCUGACCAAUGAGAUCCCAGCCCCUGCACCUCUGGAUUCUGGGGCCCUUCUCAGUGAGAAGGCGCUACAGAGCAACCACUUUGAAUUGAGCUUGCGCACUGAGGCCACUCAGGGGCUAGUGCUGUGGAGUGGCAAGGCCACAGAGCGUGCAGACUACGUGGCUCUGGCCAUUGUGGAUGGGUACCUGCACCUGAGCUAUGACUUAGGUUCCCAGCCAGUUGUGCUGCGCUCCACUGUGAAGGUCAACACUAACCGCUGGCUACGAGUCAGGGCUCACAGGGAGCAAAGGGAAGGUUCUCUUCAGGUGGGCAAUGAGGCCCCUGUGACUGGCUCUUCCCCACUGGGUGCAACACAACUGGACACAGACGGAACCCUAUGGCUUGGAGGCCUGCAGAAGCUGCCUGUGGGGCAGACUCUGCCCAAAGCCUAUGGCACAGGUUUUGUGGGCUGCCUACGGGACGUGGUAGUGGGUCACCGCCAGCUGCACCUGCUGGAGGACGCUGUCACCAAGCCAGAGCUAAGGCCCUGCCCUAUUCCCUGAGCCGCCACCAGAACUUCUACCUUACUGUAAUUAUUUUCUAUUUUUGUAAACUUGUUGCUUUUUGAUAUGAUUUUCUUGCCCGCACGUUGGCCAGAAGGACUGCUGACCUGGCCUCCCUUCCAUCCAGGCAGCUGUGCCACAGAGACAAACUGGUGCUGAGGGACUCUUUAAGUGGCAGCCUAUAGCCCUGGGCUUCAAAGGCAGCCUUAGGCCACACUCCUCUGCCUAAGGCACCACACCUCAGCCCCUUGUACUGUGUGUCCCUUGCAUUGCUCUUUUGUGUUCCCUGGCCCCCUCGCCAGCCCUAUUUCCCCACGUCACUUACGCUUUAUUGGAUGAGAGCUGUGUCCCAGAGCAGUGGGGAGCUCCUGGGGUUGAUUGGGCUCUUCCUUGGAGCAAGCCCCCUUGAGGCCAUUGUCCCCACUUAAGCUGUUCCUGGGUGUGCUGAGGUCUAGGCUUAUCUCAGACUAAGUCUGGACCCCUAGUGCCCCCUGCACCAAUACUGUGACUUAGAAACCAUAUUACUAUUGGAGCAGUACUUCACCUCCCCAAAUAUGUCUGCCUGUCCCAGGAGGCUAGAACAGAAGCCAGGCUUCAUCUGUGUUGCCCUGACUGAUACUCAGCUGGCCCUACCUACCUAUCCAGCCACUCUGGACAUGGCCAUCCCAUCUCCAAACUCCAGGCCACAUGAGGAACCCAUAAGAGGGAGUAGGCCACCGUCAGAUGUGGUUGACCUCCAUUGUUUGCUUGCCUAGGCAGACAAUCUCCCUCUCCCCACCCCCUCUCUGAAUGGGAGACUCAACCAUAUUCUUCAAGCAUUGAUUUUAUUUGAUGUCUUAUGUGGAGGUGUUAUUCUUGUCCUGAUUCACAGCAACCCUCAAUUGGUCUCGUGUGAGGGGUGGUUCAUCUUUAAGUGAUAGGGAUCUGCCCAGUGUCCAGCCAAGGAACAGAGGUGGCAGAAAUGGCUUAGAACCAGAAAUGCCUUAAACUGCAAUGAUCAUCUUUCUCUCCCCUCCACUCCUUGUCCUCAGUGUCUAGCACAAUCAUCUUGAGGGCAAGAUCAGACAAAGUUGGUGGGGUGGCAGCCUGACCUUUCCUCUGCUAGGGUGGUCCAAGGCUGGAGGGAGCUGCGUGGUGUCAAGUUACUAACUCCAGUAUUUGUCCAUGUCAAACACCAUGAAAUAAAAGUCAGAAAACUUUAAAAUAA